AUAAUGACUACAGUACUAGUGUAACUGCCUCCUCAAUUCUCUCCACACAAGACAGAAAGACCAGAAACAAGCCAAUCGAUAAACAGCAAAAGAAGAGCCUGUAUUGUAAAUGUGAAAAUGAUUUUGGUCUACAUGAUCGUCACAGCUCUGGCGCGGACUGCUCUGGCGCAAGGAGCUUUGGAAUGCAAUUUAACUCAACCUGGACCACAAAAGUGUUUUGGAGUACUUGACGAACCGCUCAUGUUUUACCUACCUACUAAUACACACACAAAGACAAGUUUGAAAAAGAAUGCAAGUAACAUUUUAACAUUAUCACAUUAUUCAUUAAGUGCAAUAAAUGAAAAAUACAAGAAUCAUAUUACAGUCUUCAAAAAUGGGACAUUUAAGAUCAACAAGUCAACAAAAAAUGACUCUGGAGAGUAUAUGGUGGAAAUACACAGUUCUACUAAUGGUUCAUUAUUGCACACCAAAAACAUCUAUCUGGAUAUACAAGAGCCAGCUACAUCUCAGUUGUGUUUGUCACCAGAACAGAAGAUAAUCAGCUGCUCUUCUGAGGGAGAUGAAGUAGAGUUUAUGUUGUCUUUGGACGAUAACCUAUUGUUACAGACCACAACUAAGAGUACAGAAAAACACAGCAUUUCAAAGGUUACCGUCACCUUACACGGUCAACUGGUGGGAAAACUGGCCUGUAUUGUUCAAAACAAUGUCAGCAGUGGCCAAAAGAUCAUCCACGUUACAAGUUGCACGGGUACUGUUGUGACUGUGGCUGUGGUAGCAAGCAUUGGCACUCUACUUCUUGUUUUGGCUGUUUUUCUUGGUGUAAAGCAUUUCAAUAAGAAAACUGACCCCAUGACUGUCAAUAAAGAUCAUAGUGAAGACAAUAUCAUCUACUCAGAUGUUCGAGUGAAACAGCACGCAAGAAAAACACCAUCCAAUUAACAUGCAAAUGAAUUUUUUCAUCAAAUAUUCUUUGUGACCUUGCCUCAGCAUUAUGCUUUCUGUUUAAAUGUAAGACUGCCUUUAUUGUGCUUUGUUUUCCGUGACAAUCUUUGUCCCAUUUCUUUCAACCUACUGACCCAAAUCAUAAACUUUAAUUCUGUUAAAAUUCUAACCAAAAUCUAAACCUGUCUGAUCUUGGAGAGUCAAUAAAGUUUACUGGUCAGUAAUACUUCCACACAUGGGCUCAAAUUGCUGAUUUGCUCGUGAUUUUGGGUAUGGGUGCUCACAGCAGAUGUGAGUUGUGGUUCUUGUUUUAGGUCAGUAAUCUUCACUGUGUGGAUUGUCACGACUUUUAGAACCACAAACUAUAUGGUUCACCUUUUGUGGCCUUGCUGUUUCGCUGAUUUUUUUGUGCAAUUUUCCAUGUAUUUUUUUUUUUGAACAGCGCAUUGUGUUCUGCAUCCUAAUUGGCUGUAGACCAUUGUCAGUCAAUUUCGUGCCGUGUCUCUUGUCCAGUACAGAAUGCGUUCGGCUUGUCAAAUUUACAUAAAACUUCAAUCGCUAGCA